GAAACAACAGGGAAAUUUGGGGUUCUGGGCCUUUGCUGAUGAGGUUUGAUGUUUGCAGGCUGCCUUGGUGCUGUUAGAUGAAAGCAGGCAGGGAUGGGCUCAGUGUCACCACCAUCCCCAGAGCAGGAUAAGCCCAGUGUUGAGCAUCCCCCAAGAGCCAGGCAGAGAUGGGUGAAAAGGACCAACACCACAUUUCCCACCCCAGAUUCCACACACAAUCCCAGAGGAGGAUACAGGUUUGGUUUCUCCUCACCAGAAGGGAUUUGAAGCCAAGGGAGACACAAUGUCCCUCUCACUCCACUUCUGGGUGGAUGUAUCCCACCAGACUAUGGAGAUGCCUUCUUUCAGCCCUACCCAACCCAUGCCAAAGGGGUCCCGAACAGGACACGGAGUGACAAGCAACAUCUCAGCAGCUCUAAGGGGUUGGCAAGGAAGGGACUCAAGCCCCAAACAGCAUCCGCAGCCUCCACACGUUUCACCCGCCACGGUUGGAGUCAUCACCAAGGAGAAAACCAACACCUUGGCCUUGACCUCACGUCCUCGACCUCUGACUAUUAGCAGAGCCCUCCGGUGUGGGAAGCAAUGCCUUGUGGUUUUUAAGGGAAAUAGGUGACGCCGGUGGCAGCAUCUGUAAGUAGGAGUCGGCACUAUAUAUACCCCAGCGCUCGGUGGGACCAGGAGCCAAAACCCUUCCCAACCCUGCAGCCAUGCCCUGCAAGGCGCUUGCCAUCUGCCUCCUGGGGCUCCUGGCCCUCUCCUCCGCUUGCUACAUCCAGAACUGCCCCAUCGGGGGCAAACGCGCCAUCCUGGACAUGGAGAUCAGGAAGUGCAUGCCCUGCGGCCCCAGGAACAAGGGCCGCUGCUUCGGUCCCAACAUCUGCUGCGGAGAGGAGCUGGGCUGUUACAUGGGCACCUCGGAAACCCUGCGGUGCCAGGAGGAAAACUUCCUGCCGACGCCCUGCGAGUCGGGGCACAAACCCUGCGGCGGCAGCGGAGGCAGCUGUGCCACCCCCGGCAUCUGCUGCAGCAGCGAGGGCUGCGUGCUCGAUUCAUCCUGCGACCAAGAGAUGCUGAUUGCAUAGACCACCCCGGGGAGAAGAGCCCACAGGACCCCUUAUCUAUCGAGCCGUUACCAGCUUCAGGCUGAGAACAGACGAGCCAAGGUCUGUCACUCAGAUUUCUGUGAUGAUCUUAAUUAGAAAUAAAACUUGUACAGAAAAA